AUGUAUCCACUAUACUAUGAGAAAAAAAUCGUAAAGAAAUUGAUAGAACAAGAUUCCUUAAUAAUAUUAGCAGAUGGAUUUAAUGAACUAAACAUUUUAGCCAUUUUUAUAUUUUAUUAUCAAAACAGGUGUUUAUGGGAUGAACAAUAUAUAAAUAACGAUAACAUAUUUUUUCAUUUAUUCAAUUUGAAUAAAUAUAAUAAAACAUAUGACGACGGACAUAUAAAAGUGGUACAGGAUAAUGGACAACCAAAAAAUAUACAAAAUGAAAGUACAACAAAAUAUACGUUAAAUAAAAAUAAAAUACAAAAUGAUAAGGAGGUGGAAUAUUAUAUAGACGACUCGGAUAAUUCGGAUGAAUCUAAAAAAUAUGACAAGUAUGAAAAAUAUGACAAGUAUGAAAAAUAUGACAAUUCUAAAAAAUAUGACAAAUUCGAUAUUACUACCAGUCGAAAACACAUAAUAGAUAACCUUUUUGAUAACUAUAUAUAUAAGGAACCAAAUAAUGAAUUACCAAAAAAUAAAAAUGAAAUUAUAUUAUUAGACCAUCCUGAAGAAAAAGAAAAAACGAAAAUAAACGAAAAUGACUUUGAUAUUAAUAAGAACAAUGAUAAUUGUAAUAAUAUGAGUAAUAUUAACAAAUCACAAAACAAUCAUUUAAAAGAUAUGAGUACCCAAAAUAAACUGAUUUUUAUAUUAAAUGUCACUCCUAAAGAAUACAAUAUUUUUUUGAAAUAUCAAUUAUCCUUAUAUAAACAAAUUAAUGAAAUAGAUGAAAGAUAUAAUGAUAAAAUAAAAAUAAAUUAUUUCAAAACUGAAUAUAUUAGAGAUCAAAAAUCACAUGAAAGAAUAGAGAUGUAUAUAAAGAGAGGGGUGUACUUUAUUUCUUCUAAUGUCCUACUAAUAGAUUUAUUAACAUUUAAAAUAAUUCCUGAAAUUAUUGAUGGUAUAUUUAUUUGUAAAAAUCAUAGAUUGAUAUAUAAUAUGAAAGAAAUAUUUAUUAUCGAGUUAUAUAGGAAAAGAAAUAAAUUUGGUUUUAUUAAAGGAAUAAGUAAUAAUAAAAAAUUAAUUAAUCAUCAACAUAUUGUUAAUUUAGCUCAGAAAUUAUUUAUGAAAAGAAUUUAUUGUUAUCCAAGAUUUCAUAAACACAUACAUAUAUCGUUAAAUAAUAAAUUUCUACAACCACAUAUAUAUGAAAUUAAUCUUGAUAUUCCAAAUGUUCUUUUAAAAAUAGAAGAAAAUAUACUUAAUAUUUUACAUUACCUUAAUCUAGAAAUAAAAAAAAAUUUUAAUUUUCAUGACUUUGAUUUAAACCCUUUAUUAUAUUCUGAAAAUGCAGAAGCAUAUGUACUUAACUAUAUUAAGACAAAAACACUUAAUUAUAAUACUAAAAAGUUAUUAAAAGAAAUUAUUACAUUAGUUAAUAUGUUAUGUAAUCUGUUUAUAUAUGAUUCACUUAUAUUUUAUAAUUAUAUUAAUAAUUUAAAAGAAGCAGAUAAGGAAUGUAUUUGGUUAUACUGUAAUGAAGCUAACGAAAUUUUUUAUUUAUCAAGAGAAAGAAAAAACCAUUUUUUAAAUCAAAUGGAUAUAUUACUCGAUCAAAAUGAUAUAAAUACUAUAAAUAAUACACAAAAUAUUAUUAAUGUCAUACAGUAUGAUAAUAAAUAUUUUCAUAAAUCAUAUCAAGUUAAAAAACAAUCUAAUCAGUUAUAUAAUUGGGUAUACGAAUUAGCCUAUAAUAGAGAUAUUGAAAAAAAACAGUAUGAAAAGAUAAUUCAACAGAAAGAAAGAAUCAAAAAUAAAAAUCUCAUGAAAAGAAAAUUUAUAUUAAAUAAAAAAAAAUAUGAGCAAUCAAAUAAAAAACCUCUGAACCAUAACAAACAUACAGGACACAGAACAUCUAUUAUAUUAAACAAUAAUAUAAACAUGAAACAUUCUAAAAAUGGUAAUAGUAAUACUACAGAAAAUAACAAUAAACGAAGGAAAAUAAUAGAAUUACAAAAAUUUAAUGAUAAUAAUAGUAAUAAUGAAAAUAUGUAUAAUUUAAUAAAAAAAGAAAAGGAUGAUAUUAUACAAAUAAAAUCUUCAGAUAGUGAAAUUAAUGCUGUUAAUAAGAAAAAUGGUAUUAUUAAAUCUGAUGAACAUAUAGUUAUUAAUGAUCACAAAGAAUGUAAAUACCAGAUGGAUAAAAUAAACGUUGAUCAAAGGAAUGAUAAUAACAUGAUGCAUAUGUAUAAAAAUCAAACAAAAAUAAAUAAAUCUAUGGAUAAGAUAGAAUAUCCAAUAGUAAUAAUAGUUGACAAUUUUUAUAUGCAAAAAGAAUUUUAUAAUUUGCUUCUUCACACAAAUCAAGAUAUAGAUAAAGAUAAAAAUAGGGAUAGCAUAAUUAACCCAAACAAUAAUAAUAAUAAAAACAAUAAUAACAACAAUAGUGGUGACAAUAAUUUUGAGUGUGAGAAACAUUUAAAUAUACUUAUUAAAGAAGAAAAAGAAAAUAAAAUUACUGACAAUUAUAUUACGGACGAUUCUGUUAGUUCUCAAGAAAGUUAUAAUAAUAAUAAUAAUAAUAAUAAUAAUGUCAACAUGUCAAAUAAUUCAAACCUUUUCAACCUACAAAAUAAUCCUUUUAAUAUCUCUUAUGAUAUGAUUAAAAAUAAAACACGCAAUCUCAAAUAUAUUAAACCACAUAUAUAUAUUUUAUGCAUAAAUAAGAACUAUGAAAAUAUUUAUACAAAAGAUAAUUUCGUUCAAACGUUACAUCAAAAAAUUGAUGCAAUCAAUAAGAAGCUCGAUAUAGAGCCCAAUCUCGAAGAGGAAAUUAAAUUAAAUGAACAAAAUGAAGUAGAUGGGAAAUGUAAAAAAAAUGCCAAAAAAAAAAAGAAAGAAAAUGAAAAAGAAAAAGAAAAAGAAAAAAAUAAAGAAAAAAAUAAAGACCAUCACAAUAAACAACAAACGAAUGACGAACAAAAUAUUCUUAAAAACGAUGACCAUUUGGGAGAUGAUAAUUUUUUUCAAAUAAAUGAAUAUUGUGGAAAUUUGGAUUUUUUAGAAAUAUUCUUAAUGACAAUUAAACCUUAUCGUAUAAUUUUGACGACCCUUGAUUUGAAUAUUUUUAGGAAUGUCGAAAUAUAUUGUGCCCGUCUUUUUCAAUAUAGUGUAUACCAAUUACAUGAGGAAAAAUAUUUUAAGUAUAUCAUGAAGUAUGAGAAGGAUAAUUUUAUAUAUGUUAAAAAUAAUGAAAAUAAUAAAAAUAAUGAUGAUAAUAAAAAUAAUGACGAGAAUAAAAAUAAUGACGAUAAUAAAAAUAAUGACGAUAAUAAAAAUAAUGACGAUAAUAAAAAUAAUGACAACAACAACAACAAUAAUAAUAAUAAUAAUAAUAAUAAUAACAAAUGUUAUAUUCAUAAUAAUAAUUAUAGUUCCAGUAGUAUCAAUAAAAAUUCUACCUAUUAUAAUAAAGACCCCGAAAAUAAUCUCAUAAAAACAGAAAUGAAUGAUGAUAAAAAUACAUUCCAAGGUAAAGAAAAAAAAACAAUGAAUGAAUACAUAUAUGAACCAAUUGAUGUAUUCAAUAAAUUAAAAAUAUGGAAUGAUAUGUGCAACAAUGUAGAAGUGUUUUUAAUAUUCUUUAAGAAUAAUAUACAUUACAAUAAAUAUUUAAACAAAGUUAAAGUUGAAAAAUCCAACUGGAUAAAUUUUCUUGAAAAUCGAAAUAAUUUACGUUUUGAAUUAGACAGAAAUGUAUUUAACAAAAAUGAAAAACUGUUUAAAAAUGUUAUAAAUUCAUAUUUAAAUUUUCAACAAAGAUUUAAGGAUAAUAAGAAGAAUAUAACAAACUUUAAUCAAUCUUUAUGUGAUGAAUUUAAAAGGUUUCAAGAUGUUAAAAUAGAUGAAUAUGCUUUAGAAAAUAAUAAUGUUCUAUUAGAUAAUCAUUAUAACAAUUUUAUAAGUAUGGAAGAAGAAGAAAUGUUUAUAAAAAAUUAUCAAAAUAAAAUGAAUAAAAACAUUUCCUCUUUUACAUUUGAUGAAAAAACUAUACAACAAAUUCAAGAAAUUUUACACAAAUUUUCAAUAGAUUCAUUUAAUCUUAAUUUUAUAUUAUACAGUAUUUUUAAUAACACAAAACCUAUUGUUAUUGUAGAUAUAAGAGAAUUAAAAUCUGAUUUAACAUAUAAAUUAUAUAAAAGUAAAAUGCAUAUUAUACCAUAUUCAUUAUUAGUAGGAGAUUAUAUAUUAACCAAAGAUAUAUGUGUUGAAAGAAAAUCAAUUAUAGAUUUAAUACAAUCCUUAAAUAAUAAUAGAUUAUAUAAUCAAAUAAAUCAAAUGUCUAAAUAUUAUCAAACCUAUGUAUUACUCAUUGAAUUUAAUAACAAAAAUUUAUUUUAUUUUGCAUCAUUAAAUGAUAAAUAUUCAGUCUACACAAAACUCAUUAUGAUAUGUAUUCAGUUUCCUAAACUCAAAAUAUUGUGGAGUCCCUUUUCUCUUUUUACUGUCAAACUUUUCUGGUCAUUAAAAGUUAAUGCUAGUCAACCUGACAUUUUCAAAUCACUACAUAUUGAUAUGACCCUACAAAAAAAUGUUCGACAGGAAUAUAUUAUAAGUAAGAAUAACGUUAAGAAGGCAAAGGAGGUGGAUGAUCAAAAUAAUACAACAGGUGCAAAGCAAAUUAAGGAUAAAGAGAUUCAAGAGGAUAAUAAUCGAAAAAAUGAUGAAUUAGGAGUUCAGACAAAUGACCACCUGGAAAUUCAAAUAAAUGAUGAAGAAAAUGUAGAGAAUAAACAAGAGAUAUAUAAAUACGAAACCAUAUAUGAUCUUUUUGAUAAAAAUUUAUAUCAUUUACAAAAUAUAGAAGAUGAUCAAGAAAUAAAAAAGGUUGAAAAUGUAACAAAUUGGAAUGCAAUCGAAAUUUUAAAAAGUCUACCAGGGGUAAAUGAGAAAAAUAUGCAUUAUCUAAUAAAUAAUAUUAAAUCAUUAAGACAUUUAUGUGAACAAACAUUAGAACAAUUAGAAAAUUAUAUGAGCAAAUCUAAUGCUAAAUUGUUGUAUGAUUUUUUAAAUGAAAAUAUAUCAUAA